CUGAAUAUAAGGAGGGCCACAGUGUUAAACACAGCAUCACAACCUCCAGAUCUCAAAGAGCAUCUUAACAAGCCACAGAAGCCAUCACAGACACAGAGAUGCUUCUCUCUGUUAUUUUUAUCCUGGGCCUUAGCCUGGUGCCAGGCAACUCUAAACCUACAGGGGAAAGACUCGGCAGUCCUUUUCUCCAGCAAUGCUUUGACGAAGCAAAAAAAAUCGUAGAUGACGCAUACAAGUACUCCAGAGAGGAGAGCCUCAGAAGGGUCCGCAGGGACCAGGUGAAGCCGCAUGAUGCUCUUCGUCUUCUCAAGCAGCCCCGUGGUGACACUCGUUCAGCUGUGCGUUCUGCUGACUACAUGGCACAGACUCUCCGUUUGGUCCAGGAGAAAGUACAUCGUGUGCACAAGCGCUCCCUGAACGCAACAGAUUUGCUCACAGACCAAGAUAUGAGAGAACUUGCAAGGAUAACUGGAUGUGAGGCUCGAAUGAGGAAUCCAUCAUGUCACACCACACCAAAUAUCAACAAGUAUCGCACAGCCACCAGUGUCUGCAACAACCUAAAUAACCCUCGCCUUGGAGCUUCUAACACCCCAUUCACCCGCUGGCUGCCCUCUGAGUACGACGACUGCAUCUCCCAACCAAAAGGAUGGGACAGAAACCGCAAAUUCAACAACUUCUUGCUCCCUCUGGUGCGACAGGUGUCCAACAACAUCCUGAGCACAACAGACGCAGGCAUUGUCAACGACACAGAGUACACUCACAUGGUGACCUUGUUUGGCCAGUGGAACGAUCAUGACCUGACCUUUACGCCAUUCUCGCCCAGCAUACGCUCCUUUAGUAGCGGGCUGAACUGCGAUGAGAGUUGCGAGCACAGUGAACCAUGCAUUCCUAUCCCGAUCCCCCCUGGAGACCCCCGAAUUCCCUCCCGCCCAGACACCUGCAUCCCUGCCUUUAGAUCUGCCCCUGCCUGCGGAACGGGUUACUCUGCAUUUAAUUUCGGUGGAGAACCCAGCAAGAGGGAGCAGAUCAAUUCACUGACGGCCUUUCUGGAUCUGGGGCAGGUGUAUGGCUCUGAUGAGAAGCUUGCUCUGAACCUUCGCAACCUCACAAGCAAUGAUGGCCUGCUGCGCGUCAACACUGAAUUCAGGGACAACGGUCGUGAACUGUUGCCAUUCCACUCCCUGCAGGUGCAAAUGUGUGCCACCCGCAGAAGAGUCACCAAUGAUACCAAUGCCAGGGAGGUGCCCUGUUUUAUUGCAGGUGAUGCCCGCGUGGACGAGAACAUCGCCCUGACAUCCAUCCACACCCUGUUCAUGCGUGAACACAACCGUUUGGCUCGUCAGCUGAAGAGGCUGAACCCACAAUGGGACAGUGAGACACUCUACCAAGAGGCCCGUAAGAUCAUGGGUGCUUACACCCAGCUGUUUGUAUUGAGGGACUAUCUGCCUCACAUUGUGGGUCCUGAUACGAUGAGCAGACUGCUCGGACCUUACCGUGGCUACAACAGCAAUGUUGACCCCAGCAUCGCGAAUGUCUUUGCUACGGCAGCUUACCGUUUCGCUCACCUGGCAAUCCAGCCAGUUUUGUUCCGACUGGAUGCAAACUACAAAGAGCACCCUCAGUUCCCCAGUGUCUCCCUGUACAGAGCUUUCUUCACUCCCUGGAGAAUCAUCUUUGAGGGUGGAGUUGACCCUCUGCUGCGUGGUCUGUUAGGCCGUCCUGCUAAACUGGGCACCCAGGACCACAUGAUGGUGGACGCUCUGAGGGAGAGGUUGUUCCAGUUUGUCCAGCACCUGGCUCUGGACCUGGGUUCUCUGAACAUGCAGAGGGGUCGUGAUCAUGGCCUGCCUGGCUACAAUGCAUGGCGCAGGUUCUGUGGUCUGUCCCAGCCCCGCAACCAGGCAGAGCUGGCUCAAGUUUUGAUGAAUGCUGACCUGGCUCGUAAGAUGCUGGAGCUCUAUGGGUCACCCGAAAAUAUCGAUGUGUGGCUUGGAGGCGUCGCAGAGCCAUUUGUGCCUGGCGGCCGUGUAGGGCCUCUGUUCGCCUGCCUUAUUGCAACUCAGUUCCAGAAGAUCCGUCAGGGUGACAGGCUUUGGUACGAGAGCCCCGGCGUGUUUACACAAAGGCAGAGGCAGGCUUUGUCCGCUGUUACACUCUCCAGAGUCAUCUGUGACAACACUGGCAUCACAUCUGUGCCCACUGAUGCUUUCAGCACCAAAACCCGUCUGGUACAGUGCUCCACUCUGCGUCGCCUGGAUCUGUCUGCAUGGAGGGAGACACCCUCUGGCUUUGCACUAUCCAGUGACAGAGAGGACAUAACUCAAACAGAUGAACUCAACAAUUUGGAUCCUCUGGACCCCCAGGACCCUCAGUAUCUCCAGGACCCCUUAGACCCUCUGAACCCUGUAGACCUUCAGGAUCCUGUGGACCUCCAGGACCCUCUGGAUCUGCAAGACUCCAUGGAAGUCGAGACCAAUGAGAUCCAAUAAGAACAUACAGCCUAAAAAGCCCACCAACCUUCAAACAUCAGUGCAAUACAGCUGCAGUCUGUUUUUGUUUUUUUGGGGGGGUUUUUCCCUUACACAGUCCAUCCCCGGAGAGAUUCAUUUGUUUCAGUUGUAAACAACAGACAAAACCAACACAGCACUCCAACAAGCCUGUUUAUGUUCCUCAGUUGUUGGCUCAACACUUCUUCCAUUGCAGCACAAAGUUGGGACCACAAUGAAAAUGUUCAAGCUGGCCAUCAGCAUCUCUUUCUCAAGACAUUUGUUCUUCACUGUAGGGCACAAAUACACCUUCUCCAGGCCAAAGUGACAGCUUAAAAAAACAGUGACCUGUGGGCUUUAAAAUCUGUUUACAUCAGUUAACUUCAGCAGCAGAAGACCAGAUAAAGACAAACCAUACAACUGUAUCCUCAUUUUACUCUUCACUGUAUGAAUAUGGUAUUUUUGUUAUUUUUAUCUAAAUAAGCAGGGGUUUUAAUUGAACAAAUCUGUUUCACUCUGUUACAGCUUACAUUAAUUAAAAAUAGCAUUUGGCCGAUUUCGAUGGAAUUAACCAGUAUUAAAUUAUGAAUAUAUUAUGCACUAAUAAAUUGUACCUUAAAAAUGUGUUAUGCUUUGUCUGCCAAUAUUUUUGUUUUACUGCAACUUUGUUGUUUUAGAUUGAAUGUUGCAUUCAAUAAAGCAAUUGAGCAAUCACUCUA